CGGGAACAGAAGGAUCGGGAACCUCGGGAUUCCCGGGAAAAUCCGGGACUCCCGGGAAAAUCGGGGAUUCGCGGGAAGUUUUUUGGGAUUCGCGGGAAGUUUUUUGGGGAUUCGCGGGAAGUUUUGGGGAUCCCGGGAAGUUUUUUGGGAUCGUCCCGGGAUGCGGCGGAGCUGAGCGAGGCCGCGGGAUUUUUUUGGGAUCGGAGCGGGAAUUUGGGGAUCCCAUGGGGGCCCCCCCCCCCGGCUGGCGCCGCCUGGCCCCGCUCGGGGCCGCCCUGGGCGUCUGCGUGGCCGUGGGAUUCACCCUGGGGCUCCUGGGGGGGCCCCAGCGCCGCAGCUCGUCCCCCGGCGCGUGCCGGCCGCGCUCGCACGUGGUGUUCCUCAAGACGCACAAGACGGGCGGCAGCAGCGUGCUGAACGUGCUGUCGCGAUACGCCGAGUCGCGACGGCUGCGCUUCGCCCUCCCCGUGCGCUACCAGUUCGGCUACCCCGGAAUGUUCCGCGCCGAGCUGGUGCGGGGCUUCCGGCCCGGGGAGACCUUCGACGUUCUGGGGCACCACAUGAGGUUCCGGCUGAGAGAGGUGCAGCGCGUGAUGCCCAACGACAGCUUCUACUUCUCCAUCGUGCGCGACCCCGGCUCCUUGGGCGCCUCGGCCUUCUCCUAUUUCCGCACGGCCUCCCCGGCCUUCCGCCGCUCCCCGUCCCUCGCCGCCUUCCUCGCCUCCCCCUCCCGCUUCUUCCAGCCCGGAGCCCGCGGCAACCACUACGCCCGGGACCUGCAGUGGUUCGACUUCGGCCUCCCGCGGCCCUCGCGGCCCUCGCAGAUCCCGGCCUUGCUGGCGGAGCUGGAGCGAAUUUUCCCCCUGGUGCUGCUGGCCGAGCGCUUCGACGAGUCCCUGGUGCUGCUGAGGGAGCGCCUGUGCUGGCCGCCCAAUUCCGUGGAUACUUUCCCUCACAACUCCCGCGGUUCCUCACAGGAAAUCCCGGCCUGGCAGGUUCGGCGCUUGCGGGCCUGGAAUUCCCUGGAUUGGGCGCUUUAUUCGCAUUUUAACCGCACGUUCUGGCGGCACGCCGAGCGCUUCGGGCUGGCGCGGCUGCGGCGGGAGGCGGCGGCGCUGAGGCGGCGGCGGGAGGAGCUGGCCCGGCGCUGCCUGAGGGGAGGCGGCCCCGUUCCCGCCCGCGCCAUCCCCGACGGGAACCUCCGGCCUUUCCAACCGCCGGGAGGCGGCCAAAUCCUGGGAUUCGCCCUCAGGGAAGGGCUGGGAGAGGAGGAGCGGGAGCUCUGCGGCCGAAUGGCGAUGCCGGAGCUGCCCUACAAGGACCUGCUGGAGCGGCGCCAGUUCGGCAACGGCUCCCGGGGGUGAAACUCCCGAAAUUCCCUCACAGUUCCCGCGGUUCCUCCCGGGAGAUCCCGGCCUGGCAGGUUCGGUCCCUGCGGGCCUGGAAUUCCCUGGCUUGGGCGCUUUAUUCCCAUUUUAACCCUGAGGGAUGAAGGGCUGGGGGAGGAGGAGCGGGAGCUCUGCGGCCGAAUGGCCGGUUCGGGAGCGGCUCCCGGGGGUGAAAUUCCCGAAAUUCCCUCAGGGAUAAAAACAACAAAAAUCCCCCGGGGGGUUCCCGUUAAAUUCGGGGUUGGAAUCGUGGUGUUUC